CCAGACUCGAAAGCCGGAACGGCAGUUAGAUGAAAGUUUCUUACGAAGUAGAAAGUUACAGCAACAGUGCGACAUCAGAAAGCGAACUAGGAGGUUGCCCAGUGAGAUCAUCCUUGCCUUCCAAUGCCAGCCUCUCCUCCAAACCAGCAGACUUCAUGACCACUGAAGACCCCUCUGUCUCAUCUUCUAUGGAGCCUAACCAGGAGAUUUCUUGGUGGUUGAGCAGUGUGCACCUGCCCCAGUAUACUGCCAGCUUCGCCCGGGCUGGCUACCAUUACCUUAAGGACCUCAGGGGCCUAACAGAGGAGAAGCUUCUCAAGGUGGACAAUAUUCCCACAGGACACCGGCGGAGGAUCUUAAGCAGCCUGGAGACCCUGAUGGUGGAAUCCGAUGGAGGCAAGGGUUUAGUUCCAGUGAGGAGAAAGCCGAUUCCUAGACCUAGACAGGUAUUUACCAGGGAUAGGCAGAAGGGAAGAUCUUGCCAGCAUCCUCAGGAAAAUAACAUCCAGAUGGAAAUGCAAACUCUUUCUGUAAGGACACUUUCUAGCAGUGCAUGUCAUGCUGCUUCCUCCAGCCGUAGCUCCGCCUCUGAGCUCAGCAGCAACAGAUCAUUGGAGAACUCCUCAAAAGAGCCAUCCUGCUUUGGAGCAGAAACUAUUCCAGACCAAAAUUAUGAUUUUUCUUCAGAAAGAGCACCUGUAGGGUUUCACGGAGAAAUGGUCGAAAAUGAAAUAUAUGAGCAAUGCCCCAUGGUUAAGGCACCUUCAAGUCCAAGGUCCACAUGUUCCUCUAAGCUACGUCACAGGCCUGUUCCAGAGAUCCCUAAACAUACCUUCAUACCACCUAAUGACUGGAGUGUGACAGUGAACAGCACUGACCAUCUCACAAGAUCUGAGGCACCCACUUGCCCCACAACCAUUCAGAAAGCGCCACUUACAAGUAACUUGCCCCCCAUUGACCCCUAUGGAGAGCUUUUCCUGUACAAUACUGCAGAAAACAAACUGGUUUUGGGCAAAGAUGUACUGGCCGAUCAAGGAAUAAAAGAGAACUUGGAACAACAGAAGUUGAGGAAUAAGCAGACAAGAUCCAAAGAGAAGCUGAACAAUAACAAUAAGCAACAACUUUCCAAGCAACAUUAUGAUGAUGAUGAUGAUGAUGAUGAUAGUGAUUACUCCACUGUCCAAGCAUCCACGCUCAGUCAGGAAUCAACUAGUAAAAUCUCUUCAAAACAACAUCCAACAUCUGUUCUUCUCUCUUGCACUGGACAAAGGGAUGUGAAUGACGUAUACAGUGUGCAAUCAGAUGACAUAUCAGGUCUAGUUAGAUGUACUCUUCCUCCGCAAGGAGAAGUUUCCAUUUCACCCUACGCCUGCUUUUAUAGUGCCCCUAAAACUGCUACUAAAGCAGGCUGGCUGGAUAAACUGUCCCCUCAAGGGAACUGCAUCUUUCAGAGAAGAUAUGUGAAGCUUGAAGGAGCAAAUCUUACUUACUACAACAGUGACAAGGAGAUGUACUCAAAGGGCCUUAUACCCGUUUCAGCAAUUAAACAAGUUCGAGCUCUGGGUGAGAAUAAAUUUGAGGUGGUCACCUCUGUAAGAACCUUUGUCUUUCGGGUGGAGAAAGAAGGAGAACGUCUGGAUUGGCUAGAGGUUCUCCAGUCUGCAAUGAGCUCCCAGUCCUCCAUUUCCCAUCAGCCUCGCAAAAAUAACACAAACAAGAGAAGCUACGUCGAGCUGCGUGGCCUCAAAGGAAGAGUGUUCCUCAGCCUCAUGGCAACUAACUUCAGGCUCUGCAAAACAGACCAGGACUUUAAUGCUGGACUGGCCAUUGCUGUGGUGGACCUGACUGCUACAUGUGUAAAACAGUUUGAGAAGAAGGGCUUUGAGAUCACUACACCUUUCAAAUCCUUCUGUUUCACAGCGGAGUCAGAGCGUGAGAGAGAUGAAUGGAUGGAGGCAGUUCAGGAGGCCAUUGUCGAGGUGUUGUCCAAUUACGAGGUGCUGGAGAAGGUUUGGUUUAACAAGUCCAAUAGGAAGUGCGCUGACUGUCAGGCUCCUGAACCGGAAUGGGCAUCAAUUAACCUUGGUGUGGUCAUCUGCAAAAAUUGUUCAGGUCAGCAUCGGUUCCUGGGCCCCGGUAUUUCAAAAGUCUGCAGUAUGAAGUUAGACAGCAGCAUAUGGACCAAUGAACUUAUUGAGCUGUUUUUAGAGGUUGGGAAUAAAAAUUCAAACAGAUUCUGGGCAGCAAAUCUACUGCCAGAGGAAGAGCUUUGCAAGCAGCCAUCAUCAGAGCAGCGAGCAUCCUUCAUUCGCAGGAAGUACAAGGAGAGGAAGUACAAGAAAGUUCUGGAAGGCCUAAAGACCCAGCAGGAACUCAACAAGGCCCUCUGUGCUGCAGUGGUUCUCCCUGAUGUCCUGCAGACCAUGGCCCUGGUUUUCAGUGGGGCAGAUGUGAUGUGUGCGACGGGUGACCCAGAGCACUCCACUCCAUACCUACUGGCUCAGAAAGCAGGCCAGAGACUGCAGAUGGAGUUCCUCUAUCAUAACAAGCUCUCAGAUUUUUCUAAGGUGGAGGCAGCAUUUGACAGCAGUUUUUCGACCGAUGUUUGCUCUUUCAUGGAUGGAUAUCUCUAUUGCUCUGUGAAUACAGGCAAGUCCACUCUGGACAGGAAAGGAAGACCUGACAUGGUUCGCCGUUGGUGUACAUUGGAAGGUGGGUUUCUCAGUUACUAUGACAACAAGAAGAUUGCCACACCCAUUGGUCGGGUUGACAUUAGUGAUGUGGUGAGCCUGGCCAUCAACAACACUGAGAACAUCACAGAUACAGGGCCAGUGUUCACCUUCGAGUUGUACCUGCAGUCGCAGAAAGUGCUGGUGUUCGGAGCGGAGACCUCGGACACACACAAAGAUUGGACACGUGCCAUUGCCAAGUGUUUUGUCCCCGCAAGGGCAAAUGCUCUGCUGAAGCAGGACAAUGAGCUUAUUGGCCGGCUAUACUAUAAAGAGGGUCAUGACCUUUAUCACUGGCGAACGGGAUGGUUUGCUCUGGUGGGUUCAGAACUGUACUUCUGCUCUGGAGUUGAAGAGGAGGGAGCACUUCAACUGAAACGCCUGCAGGAGCUCACUGUGUCCACUCAUAUGGAGGGUGACGAGAAAAUUCAGGUCUUGCUGAUGGUUGAGAGUGGAAGAACCGUUUAUGUUCAUGGCAUAACCAAGCAGGAUUUUGCGCUGUGGCACUCUGCCAUCCAGUUGGCAGCAAAGACGGACGGUUUGGCUCUUGGUAACCAGCAAAUGAAAAAAAAUGAUGUUCCUAUCAUUGUGGAUAGCUGCAUAGCUUUCGUCACCCAAUGCGGUUUGUGUUGCAAGGGAAUCUACCAGAAGAAUGGUGAUCCGGGGCGUGUGGCCCAGCUUUUGGAGGAGUUUACAAAGGAUGCCCGGGUUGUUAAGCUACGGGCACAAGACCACCGACUAGAGGAUGUCACAGACACACUCAAGAGCUUCCUGUCCCACAGUGAAGAUGCCCUCUUGGCGAAAGAGCUGUACCCUUUCUGGAUAUCUGCUCUUGACGAAGAGGAUGAGAAGGUCAGAGUGCAGAAAUAUUCAGUCUACAUCCAGAGUUUACCCAAGGUCAACAGGUCAACCCUUGCUGCCUUAUUGCAACAUUUAUAUAGGAUCCAGAGUUGUUCACACAUUAACCAGAUGAGCACACAAAAGCUGGCAUGCGUGUUCUCCUCGUGUCUCUUUCAAACAGAGGGUCACAUGGCUCAGGAGACUCGUGUGGUGGAGGAUCUUAUCAACAAUUACAUCCCGCUCUUCUCUGUCAAUGAAGAGCAGGUUAGGCAAAUGGAGAAAGAAAACAGCUUUAUCACCAGGUGGAAGGACAUCACAUUCUCUCCCGCUGGUGACCUGAUAUUUGAGGUCUAUUUGGAAAAAAAACAGCCUGAAAAGUGCUGUUUAAUCAAGCUUUCUCCUAGUAUGCGGUCAGGUGAGCUUGCCAUCAGCACUCUGGAGAUGAAAGGCAUGGAGUUCAAAAGUCAAGACCUCUGGACCACCUUUGAGGCCAUAGAGAAUGGAGAGCUGGAGCGUCCCUUACACUACAGAGAGAAGAUUCUAGAGCAAGUAUUGGAGUGGAGUUCCCUGGAGGAUCCCAGCUCGGCCUUCCUGCUCAUUAAAAAAUUUUCCGGCUCUAAAAUGACAGAUUCCAACUCAGAUAAACUGAAAGAUUUCAUUAAAGGAGAGCAACUCAAGUUCAAAGACGGCUCUUCCAAAAUGUUAUCGGGGAAUAAAUUUCAGGACAGAUACUUGGUACUACAGGACAAAAAACUGCUGUUAUACAAAGAUAUAAAAAGUACCAAGCCAGAAAGAGAAGCUCCGUUAAAGUCUGUUAAAUGUUACUUAGGGCUUCGAAGGAAGUUGAAACCAACAAGCAGUUGGGGAUUUACUGUUUAUAUUGAAAAGCAGCAGUGGUAUUUCUGCUGUAAAGGGAAUGAUUCUCAGCAAGACUGGGUCGCCUCCAUUAUCAGAGUGAAGCAUGAAGGUGACUUAUGGCCCAAAGACCUAAAGCAGAGUGCAUCUUUACCUUACAACCUGAGCAGAGGGAGAACAUCCACUUACUGCACAACUCAGACCACCAAAUCCAAACACAACAGAGAGGUUAAAAGGAAGUCACUCCUUAGUAUAAGUAUAGAUGGUUCCAAUACCCAAUACCAAAUGACCACCAACAAGGGCAUCCAACCGGACUCAAUGCAUAAAUUGGUAGGCAGUAAAGAAACUCAGUGUGACUCCAGGCUUGAAAUGGUGAUUGAUGGCACACUUCAGUCUCAGCGAAGAGCAUCUCUUCAACAAGACCCCAUUGCUCCCACUCCACUAUCACAGAGGAAAGCAGAGUUGCCCAGCAGAGGAGUGCAAUUGCCACAAAACCUAAUUAAUGAACUAAGUACUGUCCUGCACAAAGCAAGGCACUGUCCAAAUGGAGACAAUUAAGAGAGAGCGACAGAGACCAAAAGACAAGAGUCUUGUCCACUGCACGCCCAAUAUGCACAGAGAGGAUCAGUAAGGCAUGAGGAUUUUAUAACAAAGAAACCAAACAGUGAGAUUUUUAGAUUGAGACUUUCUGUAAUUUGUAAAAAAGACAAAUAAUAUUAUUUUAUGUUACCCUCUUUAAAAAUCUUAGAUGUACUUUAAUCUUCUUUAUGUAAGAUGUUAGAUGACUGGUAGGUCAAACAUAAGAUCAGCUAAGAAUUUAUUUGUGUACAGCUGCAACUGUUUACUCAUUUACAUCACCAUACUGUAGGUUGACCGACACUCUGAAAGAUAUUUGGUGGAAUUAUUACUCCCUGAAUUAAUUACGAUGUAAUUCAAUAUUAGAAAAAGGAAUGUCCAAAGUUCAGUAAAGUGAUUGUUGCAUAAUGUUGAUUAUCAGAAAAAUUUAUUUGACUCAUCUCUCAUUUAUUUAGAACAAGAAAGCAAAAAUCUCCGUACAAUAAGACACUUGCAAUGGACGUGAAUGGGGUCAGUCCAUAAAUAUUCUCCCCUAAACAUAAACAUUACAAAUGUUAACGUGAUUUUAGUGUUAUAAAAUCAAGGAUUAAACAACAUUACAGCUUUUACCAGAUUGAAGGGUUUACCGCCGCUACGUCAUCAUGACAACGAAGUAUUAUUAUCGGGUAUAACUUUAUAAUGAUAAGGUUAGUAAGUGAUUGUGCACACUAAAAUCAUGGUGACAAGUAAAAUGUUUAUGUCUUGUGGCUAUAUUUUGAAAACAUUGACCAUUUGAACAUAUAUGGACUGGCCCCAUUCACUUCCAUUGUAAGUGUAUAUAUAUAUAUAUAUAUAUAUAUAUAUAUAUAUAUAUAUAUAUAUAUAUAUAUAUAUAUAUAUAUAUAUACAUAUACACAUAUUUUUGUUUUAUUUAUUUAUUAAUGUGAGGCCACAAAUGUUGUCCAUUGAGCUCAAAUUGUUAUAAACCUGGAACGUUAAAUUUUGCCAUUGUUUUAGGCUUUGCAUGGUGUCUUGCGUUUUCCCUUUUCAUUCUAACACCUGAUUUCAUGGUAACUGAGUUUGAAAACACUACAUGAUUCAUUACCAUCGAUUUGUUUAGAACUAAUUGUACCUUCUCCAUUUAAUGAAAAUGGUUGUUUGGAAUCGAGAGAAAUGAGUCAUUUGCCUAAAUCUUGGUGUGCUUUUUUUCCUUAUUUUUGUUUAGACUGCUCUUCAAGAAAAUCUCAUGCCUUUUAAUAGAUGGAAACAAAAAUAACUCACCAUUCCAAACCCUCCAAAGUUGUUGAAUAAUGCAUUAUAAUAUGAGAGCACACUGGAUAUUGUCACCCAGUUUGAUAGUAAAUAUAGUUGUAUUGAAAUUGUAUCUAGAUUAUGAAUCACUUAUCAGCUGCCUGCAUUUAAUUUUUUUUUUAUCAUGCCUGUUGUCAAAACGUAACAUAUUAAAGUCUGUACGUCGUGUAAAUAAACAAAGCUAAAUUCCAGAUGUUAAAUUGUUUAUAUAUGUGUUAAUGCUGCCAUAAAGGUCUACUGUACAGUAUAUGUAUUAUUGGGUUUUGUUUGUGUCAAUUUAUAACUGUUCUCUCAACUCCUCAAUGUGUGUAUAAAUAUACUGGAGAACUCCCAAUGGGUUAUGGUCUGGUUAUAAGAGUAUGCUGCUUCCAUUUUGAUUAAAAUGACACAGAGUGGUUCUGUUACUCUUACAUUUAAUCAUGUUGUAUUACUAUUUCAUGUGCUUUAUUGUCUCCAUUUGAUGUGAUUUGCUGCCUGUAAUCAGCCAGAGGUGUAAGUGACACACCUGUGCCAUCUCCCUCAUUAAAGUUUUUAUGCUUGAAUUAAUUAUCAUGUUUAUAAAUAACAACUGUCAGAUGCUGACACUGAGCGUUGCCACAUGUUACAGUUUUGAUUGAAACGUGUCGCUUCUGUGCUCCUGUCACUCUUAAGUGUGUGCGCGUGUGUGUGUGUGUGUGCGCGCGCGUGUGUGUGUUUGUUCUCACCUGUUUUCACUCUGCAUCCCUAAGCAUUACAGCAACACACAUGCUGUCGCAUUUCUCUCAUGCGAAGGUCACCAUAUGGCAUCAGUGUGGGGAAUGAAGGGCUUCAAAUAAUUGAAAACAUUAUGUGUGACUUUGACACAAAGGAAGGUCACUGUGUAGUGGUUAAAUACAAGCAUCCUGAAUGAAUUGGUGGGGCUGCAUCUGUUACCUGUAAAUUAAAUACUGCAUUUUCACAUGUUUUCUGUGCUUUAUUAAAGGAAUAUUUAACCUAAAACUGAAAAUGUUGCCAUGUCAGCCUCAGACACCAUUCACUUUCAUUGAAUGGGGGAAAAAAGAUGCAGUAAAAGUAAACAGUGACUAAAGCUGCCAUUCUUCCCAACAUCUCCUUGUGGGCUCCAUAUACAAAAAGU